AUGAGGCUUCUUGGUUUCCAUGUGCGUCGACUUCGACUCCCUCACGCAUAUCUCCUUCACUAUAUGCAGGCUCUACUACAUUGGCUCGGUAAGGGCGUUGCCCAUCAGAUAGUUCAACCGCCCGUGGCCGCAACAGCAGCAGGUGCAGUCCCAGGCUCAUGUGGGCCUCCGCCCGUCGGCAGCAUGGCAUUAGCUCGUUUACCCGGUUUAGCUUGGGCUCUUCUGGCUGAUUCAUACCAGGCUCCUUUAUGUUUAGCCUUUGCUCCAGAUCACAUUGCAGUCGCUAUUUUGCACCUGGCGCUCCGGAUUGCUGGUGUCGAAGUUCCAGGAAACCGACAUUCUGAGUUGGCAUGGUGGCAAGUAAAUACAUUUUGA